AUGGCUUCCGAACCCACCGAGGACGCCAUCGCGAACUUUGUCAGCUUCACGAGCACGACGCGCGAGCAAGCUGUCAACUUUCUGAAGGCUAAUAACCUCGACUCACAAAAAGCCAUCAACGCCUAUUUCGAAGAACUGGCCGGUCCUCAGCCGAAGGCAGACAACUACUACAAUGACAAAAGAGCUAGCUCGUGGGAUUUUACCCAGCAGGACAAUGCGCCCCCAAUACCUGCAACAGCACCGCCGUCGCGUCCUCCCUCCCGAAUGAAUAUGAACGAUACGGAUAAAAAGACUGCACCGGGAGCAACGGCUCCACAAGCAGGUACCGGGCAGGGUCUAAGCCUGGCGGAACGCGAAGAAAAGGAGCUACAACAGGCAGUCGCCAUGUCGUUAAACUCAGGCUUGGGACAGCAGGAAAUCGGUGUUACAUCGAGUAGCCAGCCGCAAUUCAGCAAGGCAACUCGGGAUCACUAUGAGGAAGGUGAUUGGGCAAUGACUUUAUUCAAUACAUCCUCCGAAGAGGUCACGAUUGGACCCGAACCGGAAGAUCGCAGGAGAGGAGAGGGUGAGCCUGCGUUCAUCCGCCCGACCCAGGAUGGUCUUUACCUAGGAGGAUUCUUGACCAUUAUCCACGAGAUUCCUCUCGCCCGAGAAGCGCUACUUCUGCGAAACAAACCGCUUUUUGACUACGGACAUGAGCCACACUGGUGGAAUGGGCAGUCUAUCAACCUACCCAAGAUCGUCACAGUUAAUGAUAGCAAUCGAGACGCCGACUGGGACGAUGUUAUCCAUGAAGCGCAGCGUCUCAUGGCCUUUAUGGAUUCCACGAAACGAUCCUUUGGAAGUAGCGACAGCUUAGCAAGGAUACGAAGUCUCUCGAUGUUCUCCUCCGACUCAGAGGAGAUAGUCACCCGGUUUCUGGAAGCAUGGCAUGGCGCCGCCAUUCGGGCUGACCCCGACAAUCAGCUAGCAGCUAUUUUCACGUCACAUGCCUACAAGCAACAAUCUCAUGACUACGAUGAGCCCGUUACCAAAGAUCUUUUCACAUUUGAAAUUCCCGUUGAACCAGAUCAUGGCCAGAGUCUAUAUGAGGUCAUAGAUAGAGCUUUAUGGAACGAGGGACCGGAGGAAGAGCUCGAGAAUAUUUGGAUCGAAAGCAUAGCAGAGGUACUAUGCAUCAAACUCGACUGUCUACAAAGGCCAAACCCCGUGGAUGUGAAGAUUCCUCCUGUGUUUUACCCAGAUCGUUACCUCAGCAGCUGUCGUGAUCUCGCUCGCGAACUUCGCCUGAAGCGACAGCAAAUACAGGGCGACAUUUGGAAUCUUGAGAAACUCAUCCGCCACUACACUUUCCCACGGAACCCCGUGGGCAAGCUCACUGUCAAAGAGCUGCUUGAGAGAGCAGCAGAAGCAGCUCCCGUGGUUGUUCCAGAGAAGCCAGACAAUGCCGAUUCCUCCAGCGAGGCGACUGUGAAUGUGAAGCAAGUUGCUGAGCAAUUGCGAGCGAUUGCCGCAAAGAUCGAAGAAAAAAUCCAAGAGCUUGAGGUUAGCAAGGAGAACGCCGUAAAAUCGCUCCGCGAGAUUUCCAAGACACUCACUGAACCUUCUGAAUCGCCCUCCGAGCCCCCCACCUAUAAGUACACACUACGAGGUGUGUGCACUCAACCACACAUUACUUAUGUUUUAUCCAAUGCAAAGGCAGGCUCCCCCGACCUAAUGGAUAUGGAAGAUGAGAGCGGGGACCAGUGGUGGCGUAUCAGCUAUUCCACCGAGGAUGGAAAGACCCGACAAGCGGAGAAACGGAAAGCCCAGGGAGACAACACAACGACACAGAAUGGAGAUGUUGUCGGCUACAGCGCCUCGAAGGUCCGGGAGGAUGAAGUGCUCCAAGCUGCCCGCGACGAGUGGAGAUCCGUAUUACUUGUUUAUGCAAGCGAGAAUGCCAUGAAGGCGCCGGUGGACCCUGCGCCAGCACAACUUCGGGGCUUCGUGAACAGAGACAAUGCCGCCUUUGAGGCUGAGUUCGACCAGACUGCCACCAUCAUCAACAGUGACCAAGAGGAAUCCUGGGCCCCGACCAGCAGUACAGAAACCCAGCAAAGCGAGCAGCCAGAGAUGACCGAGAAGCGUCAGCAAGUUAAUGUUUUUGACUAUGAGGUCUCCGGUUUCGACGACGAGCCAGGUCCAAGGCAAGAGAUGCAGCAGAGGGAUGGUGGAAGCCUCUUGAGCAAGGGCACUGCCAACAACUCUCCGCCGAAGACAUUGCAAGUUGAAUCGGAGGGGAAGUCUUCGCACGAUGAGGAAAUGGUUGACCAUGCUGAGCAUGUAUAG